AUGGCGUCGUUUGCCAAUCCCACACAGAUCUUUGCCGACGAUGUCACUGAGGAGAAGGGUGAGAAUGCCCGUCUGUCGGCCUUUGUUGGCGCCAUCGCGGUUGGCGACCUUGUGAAGAGCACCUUGGGUCCGAAGGGAAUGGAUAAGAUUCUACAGUCUGCCUCGACCGGAGAGAUUCUCGUGACGAACGACGGUGCUACCAUCUUGAAGUCGAUUGCCUUGGACAACGCCGCGGCGAAGGUGCUGGUCAACAUCUCCAAGGUUCAGGACGAUGAGGUUGGGGACGGCACCACAUCCGUCACCGUGCUGGCCGCCGAGCUAUUGCGGGAGGCAGAGAAGCUGGUGAACUCCAAAAUUCAUCCUCAGACCAUCAUCGAGGGCUACCGGAUAGCUAGCCGUGCCGCUCUCGCCGCUCUCGAGAACAUCGCAGUCGAUCGAAGCAAGGACCCCGAGGCCUUCCGCAAGGACCUGCACUCCAUCGCCCGCACAACUCUCAGCUCGAAGGUGCUGGCACAAGACCGAGACCAAUUUGCCCUGCUUGCAUGCGAGGCCGUCCUGCGCCUCAAGGGUUCGACCGAUCUGAGCCACAUCCAGAUCAUCAAAAAGGCCGGUGGCAAGCUGAGCGACUCGUAUCUGGACGAGGGCUUCAUCCUGGACAAGAAGAUCGGUGUCAAUCAGCCCAAGCGAUUGGAGAAUGCGAAGAUUCUCGUGGCCAACACCGCCAUGGACACAGAUAAGGUCAAGAUUUUCGGCGCCCGGGUCAAGGUCGAGUCGACGGGCAAGCUCGCGGACUUGGAGAAGGCCGAGCGAGAGAAGAUGCGGGCCAAGGUGGAGCGUAUCAAGUCGCACGGGAUCAACUGCUUCGUCAACCGUCAACUGAUCUACAACUGGCCCGAGCAGCUUUUCACCGAGGCCGGUAUCAUGUCCAUCGAGCACGCCGACUUCGACGGCAUUGAGCGCCUGGCUCUGGUGACUGGUGGUGAGAUUGCCUCGACGUUCGAUCACCCCGACCAGGUGAAGCUUGGUUCAUGUGACCUGAUUGAGGAGGUUAUCAUCGGUGAGGACACCCUGAUCAAGUUCUCGGGAGUGGCGGCUGGCCAGGCCUGCACCAUUGUGCUGCGCGGUGCCACCGAGCAGCUCCUCGAUGAAGCCGAGCGUUCGCUCCACGAUGCACUAGCGGUUCUAUCGCAAACCGUCAAGGACCCGCGCAUCACCCUGGGCGGUGGCUGUGCCGAGAUGGUGAUGGCUAAGGCCGUGGAACAGGCUGCUCAGAACACGACCGGCAAGAAGCAGCUCGCAGUGGACUCGUUUGCGCACGCGCUAAAGCAGCUGCCGACCAUCCUCGCCGACAACGCCGGUCUGGACUCGAGCGACCUGGUCACGCGUCUGCGUCAGGCCAUCAACAACGGCAUGAACAGCUCUGGUCUGGACCUGCUGACCCCCGGGGGUGGCAUUGCCGACAUGCGCGAGCUUGGGGUGGUGGAGGCCUACAAGUUGAAGAAGGCGGUGGUUUCGUCGGCCUCGGAAGCCGCUGAGCUGCUUCUCCGUGUGGACAACAUCAUCCGGGCUGCUCCUCGCCGACGGGAGCGAAUGUGA